AUGCAGGGCACGCAAGCUGGGGGGACGAAGAUCAAGUGCGGAGGGUAUCAGUAUGACCUCGUCUUCAUACCAUCCCAGUUAUCCGUAGGGCCAUCGACGAAAUCCAAGGCGCGCAAGGAUGGAAAGGUCGGGAAGAAACGAGGUGACUGUCCAAGGUCACGAACUAGCACUUCCACGGACAGCAGCGACCAAGUAUUCCAAGAAGCCAAGCCAAUAGUCAAACUUGACGCGGCACCAGUCAGGCCCUCGCUGGCUUGGCCAUUCCAGGACAUCAUCUCGUUAGUCGUACAGAACUUCUCACCAACGGUGCUCUCCAGCAAUUCGGCAUUUAUGAACUGGGAUGUGGACAUUUAUCCUCGCGUAUGUGGAGCUUGGAUCGAGCUUCUGCCGGUUCUGUCCAUGACCCGGCGAUAUGAGAUGGCUCUGUCUUCAUCAGUCAAGGCCCUCGCCGUCUCCAUCCUGUCCAGGGGCCGUAACGGGAUAGCGCCGAUCUCAGAUGCUCUGACGGCGCAUUGCUCCGCAUUGCAUUCGCUUCAUGACAGUCUGCAUCACAUAGCACACACUGCCGAUUCCGACGUCUUGGCGGUAGCCAUCAUGUGUCUAAUGAUCUCGGAACUUAUCCUGCCGACUGCCGUCUCCAGCAGCGCGGCUCAUGCUGCCGGCUUAAGUGACUUGAUCCAGCUGCACAGUCCAGAAGCUUACUCCUCCGGGCCGUCCCACAGGAUUUUUAUCGGACUUCGCCCGGCCAUGAUAAUUCACUCGAUUCGAAACAAGCAGCCCACAUUUCUAGCCUCUCACGAGUGGAGGACAAUCCCGUUCCAACACGUCAAAGCCAACUCGUUCCACGCUCUCAUGACCGAAGCUACCGCGAUUCCCUCUAUUUUAGUGGCUAUUGACCAGCUGAAAUACGGCUCUCCCACUGCAAAUUCACCUCAUACUGUCUUUAUGGCUCUCAAAGACCUUCUUGACGCUCUAGUCAACUGGAAUGUCUCUUUCCAAAGUCUCACAAACAAACCAUCCUUCCGCCUUCUAGGCAAAGGCCCCGGAAAAGCUCACGUGUGGUUCCCCGACAUUACUACCGCGAAUUCUAUGACGCAUUAUUGGACUUUCUGGAUAAUGUGCAUCGUAUACAUCAGAAAGCUUAGAGAGGACUACCCGGAGCUCAUAGACGAAGAAUUGUUGAUCAGCGGAGAAAGCCCGGAGAGCCCCAUCAUCACAGAAGUGGCGAUUCAAAUGUCAACUUGGAUCUUCCAGAGCAUCGAGUAUUUGGUUCAAGACGAAAUGAGACUAUUUGGUGCCAUUUCUGCGACAUUACCGACAAGGAUAGCCUAUCAAUUCCUCCGGUAUAAUCACUUCUACGAUCAGGAACUGAUAUCGUGGUGUGAAAGAGUGAUUCAUGGCAUUAGAGAUCGGGGGUACGAUUAUAUUGCCCAGUAUAUCUUGGAUGAUGAUGGAGUUUGA